GUAAUCAUAUGAGAGAAACAUCUGUAAAUUAUUUGCCAAAAGGUGUUCAAACUGCUAAUAUGAUGGUCAAUGCAGUUAAUAAUGGUCAUGAAAAUACCGUGGUCAAAAAAGUUAAAUAUGGCGAGUAAUAAGAAUGCUAUGCGUUCUGGUGUUGGAGUUUUUUAUAUGUUGGACACCUGUAUGUACUCAAUGGCACUGAUGAUGCUGUGUCGAAACGGCGGUUCCCCAAACCGAUAUGCGAUCAGCGAUUUGGAUCAGUCGAGUAGUACUAACCAGUCGUAUAGCGCCGGAACCAACAGCACAGGCGCUUUUGUAACAUUACGACUGGCUUUGGCUAUUGUCUAUUUAGAAUUAGAAGUGCAGUUUCUAUUUAAUCAAGAUCUGUUGCAUACCGAUAGAUAG